CCGCUGCGGCAAGAGCGGCGCCGGGCGGCCGCCGCCACCCGCGACGCGAGGCGUGGGGCCGGUGCUGUGCGUGGGGACCCGAUCGUGACGGCCGCGGGGCGGCUCUGACGCAGCUCCCGGCUGCUUUCCCUCAUCUCUGCAGAGCGGGGAGGCAGAGAGCGUGCCAGCAUGGCAGAAAAAGCCAACAACUUCCCUCCACUGCCCCGCUUCAUCCCUUUGAAGCCAUGUUUCUACCAGGACUUCGAGGCUGAGAUCCCGCCGCAGCACCGCACCAUGGCCAAGCGGCUCUACUACCUCUGGAUGCUGAACAGCAUCACCUUGGCGGUGAAUCUCGUUGGCUGCCUCGCAUGGCUGAUUGGAGGCGGCGGAGCUGUUAAUUUGGGACUGGCAAUUCUCUGGCUCAUUCUCUUUACGCCCUGCUCCUAUGUCUGCUGGUUUAGACCUAUUUACAAAGCUUUCAAGACAGACAGCUCCUUCAGCUUCAUGGCCUUCUUCUUCACCUUCAUGGCCCAGCUGGUGAUCAGCAUCAUCCAAGCCGUGGGGAUUCCUGGCUGGGGUGUCUGUGGCUGGAUUGCAGCAAUCUCCUUCUUUGGGACCAAUGUUGGGUCGGCUGUGGUGAUGCUGAUCCCCACCAUCCUGUUCACAGGAAUGGCAGUCUUCUCCUUCAUCGCCCUCACUAUGGUGCACAAGUUCUACCGGGGGAGUGGUGGGAGCUUCAGCAAAGCUCAAGAGGAGUGGACCACGGGAGCCUGGAAGAACCCACACGUGCAGCAGGCAGCUCAGAAUGCAGCCAUGGGGGCUGCACAGGGGGCCAUGAUGCAGCAUGAGACGCAGUACUCGGCCACUCCCAACUAUACCUACUCCAACGAGAUGUGAGCGGCAGGCUGCGGCCUCAGGAAGAAGCACUGGGGGGGAAGGAGGAGGAGGAGGAGGAGGAAGAAGGCUGAGCUGAGUUCCUGCAGCUGUUUCAGAAAGCUGGAGUGUACCAUAAUCUUCUUUCCCUGUUCUUUGUAACUGGAUCUAUCUUUUCUUUUUUCCUUUUCCCCGUCAGCACCUUGAACUCUUCUUUUCUCCCUCUUUUAUUUCUCAUGUUGGAGAGGCUGUGAGUUGACCAGCAGGAUUCCCGUUGUGGUAGUAUGUGUAUGUUCCUGUAUUCUUCUUUUCCCUGUGAAAUAGUGCACGGUGGUGGUUUAUUAUUACUGUGGUGAUAGGUGUGUUAGAACUACAUCAGCCAAAAGCCCCCCCAAAAGGGAAAGAUUAAAAAAUAGUGACCAGCACCCAUCUCCUCUCUAAAUAAGAGCUGAACUACAGGUUUCUGAUGUGAGUUUUCUUUCACUUGGUUGUGUCCAGCCAUUUGUCAGUGUCUCAGCAAGGGCAAGCAAUCCUGGGAAUUCUCCUUUUCUACUUUCUAAUUACAGGUGGCUAUUUUAGCCAUUAAAAAAAUGGCUGAUUUAGCAGACUAAAAAAAAAAAAAAA